GAAUAUCACUCCUUGCUAACUCAGCUGGCAAUCUACGUCUUCUUUGCUCUUUCUAUGGGCAUCGUCUUCUUCCGGCUUGAUGCGUCGCUAGAGGCCGGCCUGCAGAAUCGAAUGGGUCUUUUCUUUUUCUGCUGCCUGCAACUAGUAUUCGUCAACAUCAGCACUCUAGAGGUCUUCAUUAAGGAUCGAGUCCUCUUCAUGUAG